CGGCCCGAGGGGAUGUCGGGAUAAAAACUUUGACGUGCCGGGCUGGUAAAAAAGUUUUGGGAACAGUCGGAGAGGGAGGAGGAGGAGGGGACUUUGAGCGAAAAAGCGUGGCUACAACCGACAGCGAGCAUGACCGACGCCGAGGCGCAGAGCGCUCCACCAUCGGUGGCACCGGUGGAGGAGGACAACGACGACGACAAGCCGCAGCCGGAGCAGCCGGAGAGGAAAGUCAUAGCCACCUUGGUCCAAGGCACAGUGAAGUGGUUUAAUGUACGUAAUGGCUAUGGCUUCAUAAACAGGAAUGAUACCAAAGAAGAUGUAUUUGUCCAUCAGACUGCUAUCAAGAAGAACAACCCUAGAAAGUUCCUCCGCAGCGUGGGUGACGGGGAGGUCGUGGAGUUCGACGUGAUUGAAGCGGCCAAGGGCUCGGAGGCGGCCAACGUGACCGGCCCGGGCGGCGUGCCAGUCAAAGGGAGCCGCUACGCACCCAACAAGCGGCGCUUCCGUCGGCGGUUCUUCCCCCGCAGCCCUCUGCCUGAUGACCAGAGCAAACCGGCGGACGGCCAGGCCUCCACUGUUGAGGGCGAAGGAUCGGGGGAGAGCGAUGGACAGAGACCUCAGCAGCGUCGACGUAGGCCCUACAGACCACGGCCGGAGGCACAAAAUGGUGAGACUGGAGAGCCAAAGACCGAAGUAGCAGAAGGCGACCAAAUGCAGCGACCACCGCGGCGUAGAUUCUGGCGUCCGUACCGCAGACCGUUCCGGCCUCGGCCGCAGUCCGAUCAGGCGGCUGACGGCCAGCAGGCGGCUGCUCCAGAGCAGAGUCAGGAGCCGAGUGAGGUGAAGCAGACGGAGGCCUCCGAGGGCCCGCAGACCAACGGAGAAGCCGCCGAGGGCCAGGGCCAGAAACCGCGGCGCCAGAUAAGACGCCGCAGGCAAAGGAACUCUGAGUCGUCCACUUCAAAAAAUGAUACGGAGAAGUCUGCAUCAGAGCCUGGUACCCCACCUCAGAAUUCAAAACCAGCUGACCUCAAAUCCACAACAAAAUCACCAAAGACCUCCCCGAAAACCUCUCCAACGCCCAAAUCACCUGAGCAGGAAGCUGCCACAGCAGUCCCAGCACCAACCGAGUGACGUCAAUGAGAACCCAGUCACGUGACCCUUGGCAAGAGGUGUUUUUGUGUUUUAAUGUCUUUGUUUCUUGUCUUUCUAUAAAUCUGUGUCUCUGUAUGUUCCAUUUUUGUUUUGUUUCUUGUAGGUUGGAGGACUGGACCUAUUUCAGAACACGUGCACUGCUCUCCCCUCCCUGCACUCCCCCGUCCUCCAACCCACCUCAUCUCACUGUCGUCCCCUCGAGCCACCCCCCCCCCCUCGUCUUGUGUUUUUGUCGUCCCGUCUAUAGACACUUGAUGUUUGGAGAGGGACGGAGUAGGGGAAGAAAUGGGAUACAGGUGGGUGGUGGGUGCAUAUUUAGAAAUUUAAGGUACAUCUUUGAAAAGAGAAAUGGACAAUCUGCUUGGUCGCCCAGUUAUUCCAGCCCCCCUUUAAAACAGUUUUUCUUUGAUUGAUCAGAUUGGGCACGUCAAGUAGUUUAGAGGAACCAGCCUUGAUUUUUAUUUAACUUAAUUUGGUUAAAGAGAGGAAAACCAAGCAGGUGUGAGUUUGGUGGUACGUUAUGGGAGUCAGUUUAGUUCAGUUACCACCUCAAAUCACGUCUUAAAACAUACUCUACUCCCUUCAUCCUCCCCAGUUGAGGAUAUAUUGAAAAAGAAACUUAUUUCUUUUGUUUUACUUAUUUGUGUGUGCUUUUUCUUUGAAGGGGAUAAUGUGCAAUGUUGGCGCUUAAAAUGCUAAGUAAUAAAUCAUGUUUGCAAA